AUGGCUGCUGCAGGGGGUUACAUCCGGAAUCUUUGUGAUGAAGCCACUUGCUCCAUCUGCCUGGAUUACUUCAAGGAUCCAGUGACCAUCCCGGAGUGUGGGCACAACUUCUGCCGAUCCUGCCUUGUCCUGUUCUGGGGGGAAUCAGAGGCAGAGGCUUCCUGCCCUCAGUGCAGAAAAACAGUCCAGAGAAGGAGCCUCAUCCGCAAUCGGCAGCUGGCUAACGUGGUAGAAAUAGCCAAGAAUCUCAGCCUUCAAGAGGGAAAGGAGGAAGGAGGGAAAGGAGGAGUCUGUGAGAAGCACCAGGAGCCCCUGAAGCUCUUUUGCAAGGAGGAUGAAGCCCCCAUUUGCUUGGUGUGUGACAGAUCGAAGGAACAUGAAAAUCACAAGGUGAUUCCUCUGGAGGAGGCUUUCCAGGAAUACAAGGUAGGAGAUCCCUGGAUCUGGAGGGGGAGAAAUAAAUAGCUGUGGAUUCUUCUUGGGAGGUUUGCUUUUGAAUUCUCAGGUCCAAAGUAGGCAUGGCAUGAAUUGGUGGUUGUUUAUUACCUUAGAAGCAGCCCAGGGGAAGCCUGAGGGCUCCUGGGAUGGCUGGAGGGGGAAGCUGAAGUCUUUCUCUCUGCCAGGGGGACAAAAGGAUCUUCCCUUGAAAUACUCACAGCAGCUUCAAAGAUUUGAACUGGGACCUUGGCAGGGAGAGAAAGGGUUAACCACGUCCACAUCCUCCAGCAAGGUUGCUUUGUACUAUUAAGAACAGUACAAAUGUAAAUGGCACAUAGACGACUAAGCACAUGUCUCCUUUGGCUAGCAGGAUGCUUCCUCAAUGCUCUGCAAAACAGAGCGCAGCAAGGGAUCAGCGGGGGGGGGGAUGGCCAGGAAUUGACCAGGCGGUGCAGGAUCCCCCCCACAAAAAAAUCUUUUGGAAGCAGAGAGUGGAGUGGAAGCACCUACUGGUGGGGAGCACGCUUAUUGGGGGGGGCUGUGCAAUGAGGUUUCAGGUGGGGGAGCUGAGGAUCUCCUCCCAUCCCAAAUGGCAAAGGACUCAGUGAUUCAGAGUAGCAACUGCAGGGCAAGGGAUAUAUAUAUAUAAUGCCUUUUAAUUUUAAUCCCUUUUAAAAAUAUCACUUGUUCCACUACAGUGGUGCAAAAAUGCUCCUGUGCCAAGCAGUGCUACUAAUGCCACGAAAUAGUAAUAAUAGUGGGGAAAAAGCUGGUCCCUUUGAACUGGCGGGAGGACCAGACAGCAAUCUUCUGACCGAAGGAGCUACUUGGGUGGAUUCUGGCCACAGCAAGAACUUCUUUGGCCCAGAAAUGGAAGAAGCUGCAGCACUUAAAUCUCCCCUGGUGGCCCAAGCACACGUGGGCUCUGGCUACUGCAGAGAAAAUAACUGACAAAUAGCAGAAAACCAGAAUUGCCAUCUGACCCAAAAGAGGGGUUUGGAAUGGGUGAAGUUUUGAGAAGCGCUGCUCUAUCCCUGCACCUCUCGCCUCUUGGGCUGACCUCACUAUCUCUUUGACGCUAGACUGGUACAUCCCAGGUUGGAUCCUGCCUUAGCCCUUCCUUCUCCUCCUCCUCCUCUUCCCACUUCUCCCUGAGACCUCAAGAUGAGAAGUCAGGCUGGGACUCCCAAGGAAGGGAGAGGAGGCUGAGAGAUCGCUCCACAAGGGAGGGUGUUUGAGAAAAGGGGAGGGGCUGCCAGCUCUGCAGGCAAGGGGGGACCUAACUGGGAUCCUGAGCCCCACAGGGGUGCUGCAGAAAGUAUGUAGUUUGUCUGUACUUUUAUUUCCUCCAGGAAACUACUUUGCUAUUCUAGCAAGGCCACUGGGCGCAAGAAGCCAUUGUGAUUUUCAUCUCUCUGUGUGUCUCAAUCAAAGCUGAGUUUCCCUUUUCUCUUUAGGGAGAGAUCUGUCGCCGCCUGGGGAUUCUGAGGAAAGAGAGAGAGGAAAUUCUGGCCCAUCAAGCAGAUCUGGACAAGGAAAGCAAAGACCUCCUUGUAAGUGUCUCUGUUGUUACUAGACAGGGAACAAGCACUUGAGACCUCCAGGUAUAGGGCAGUAUAUAAAUUCAAUAAAGAAGAAGAAGAAGAAUCGAGUCAGGACUGAGAAGUGAUGGGGAAAUCUGCCCAUUUCAGCUUCUCCUCAUUUCUCAUUUUUCAUAUCAGUCUGUUUAUUAAUUUAUUGUUCUGAAAAUGAAUCAGAUGUUAGGGUAGCUACCUCCUUGUAUAAAUAUUCUGAUCUGUACUUUACCCUCAUAAAUACAUUUUUUGUGAAUAUUACCUGGCUGGGUGAAGCUUGAAAAUAUCAGAAUUUUAAAGCUCUGUUUUGGUCUCCAUAUUUUUUCAGCAAGAGCAAAUGAGGCAAAUUCACCUUUGAAUGCCGCUAAAUUGAGUUUAUUUCCCCUUAUCGUUUAUUAUGUGAAUAGCAGUCGAAGAAGAAGCCUGAGUGAAGGGAGAGGGAAGGGUUAACCCCACCAUGUAUGUAGGCCAGCAGUGGUUUCCUGCCUGGCUUCCUGCUUCAGUUAUGCUAGGUAUGCAAACAUAUAGAAUGCAAAGCAAAUAACAUAUAGAAGGGGGGGGAAGGGGGCUUAGCUAACCUAAUAAGGUAAUGAAUUGUAUCUCUGCCAGCUGAUUGGGGAGCAAUUGAGGAAACAAGCUUGCAACUGGGUUUAAGAAUGCUUGUAAGACACAAUAGAGGGGCCGCCAGUAUUUGGAAGCUAUUCCGCUGGCUGCCUCUGCGCAGACUUUGCAAUAAACUUUUUCUCUGUGAAACCACACCCUGGUGUUGCUUAAGUCCUUCACACUCCCGGCGAGGGUACGAGGUGACUGGAUCCGGACCCUGGGAUCAGAUAUCCCAACAUGAGGACUUGUGAGCUGAAAGGGUGGAAGCAAUUCAAACCAAAUCCUGAUUUACCAUAAAUAUUACUAAAGAAUUGUCUUUCUAAAUGUGGGCUCUUGUUCAUUUUAAGUAAACUCAGGCCAUUAUGAACCUUUAAAGAAAACAGGGGAGCUAUGGGGAUGAACUCUGCACUUUGUCCUCCUCCUCCUCUGUUUCUGUUGCCUUCCAACACCUAAAUGGCCCCAGCCUAAAUUGAGGGGUGUUUUAUGUCCCUGGAUGUUCUCUGAACAACUGUGAACUCUGGUUAUGCCAUGCCCCAAAACAUGCAGGGAACAUCCGUGGCUAGGAAAAAAGAACUCCUUCCUUUAGGCUGUAUCCGUCUGCAAACUAGAAGUCAACAGAAACAGCAAUGGAGAGGCCGCCCCUCAAAAUAAAGGUUUACUUCUUUAGCCACUGGAGGUUUCAUGUCUAUAGAAAAAUCAGAAGUGUCCUCCCUGUGGAAUUCUCGUAAUUUUCUUUCUGCUGUUUCGAGGCUAAGCACCAAACACACUCAGACCUCCUCUUUUCUUGCAGAAAUUAACAGAAACGGAGAGGCUGGAGAUUGUGGAGAAGUUCAGAGAACUGCGCCAGUUCCUGGAAGAACAAGAAGAAGGUCUGCUGACUCAUGUGGAAGAGGUGGAGAAGGAGAUUGCAGGGAGAAGGGAUGAGCAGCUGGCCAGACUCUCCAGGAAACUCUCCUCUCUUGAGAGGAUCAUCCAGGAGAUGGAGGAAAAGGGUCAGCAGCCAGCGAGUGAACUCCUACAGGUAAGACGGUGGCAGGAGCAGCCCAAGGCUCCAGGAAGAGGCUGCCUCCAAUCCUUUAUGUGCCCCCUUUCAUGUAUACAAGGAGUGCAGGGGCUCAGAUGAUGGAGCUUCUAGUCAGGUAUCUAAUGGACAGGAAGACCCAAGAGACCUGGGAUGCUUAACUCACCUGAAUGCAGACUAGAGAUUCUUCUGUGUUCUCGAUGGAACAGGAGGUGGUUUUCUGCUCUUUGCUGAUGAUUUGUCUCCAAAUGCCUUCCUUCUUGGCAAUGCUGCCUUCCUGCCCUGGGCUGGGCUUCAGCGAGGAUUCAGGCCUCCUUCCAACAUGAGCCAGUCUCUUGACGAAGCUUCUCUUCCCGUUCCCUCCACAACUUCUGGGUUGAUCACCUUCACAGUGGAUCCAGGUCAGCCCCAAAUGGUGCUCAGUCACAGUGACGAAAGAGCAAGACAGAGGGACUCAUCCAGACUGCUGCUUGUCCCACCCCUUUCCUCAAGGAAAACCCGCUGUUUGCUGCUGAAUGAGAGCAAACAUCAGCCAGGUUUUAUCCAGACUGACGUUUGCUUUGAUGUUGAACUAAGGAGCAGGUUUUCCCUGAGGGAAAGCGGCAGGGCAAAGGCAAAACCACUUGGACCCGUGUUUUCUGGGCACAGGAAAAGCAGAAGUGUGGAUGAGCCCAAAGAAACACUGAGCUGUUUUAUUACCCCUUUGGAGGCAUUUUAUUCUGCAGGUGCUUUUUUAUUUCCAGUUGGAAAGUAGAAUUUGAAAUUUGGGGACUUCUAUGGAAGACAAUUUGGGACAGUUCCCUGGUAGGAUUAACUUGUAGGCUUCCUUACGUCUGAAUUGCACAAUGCAAAUGGGAUUAAAGUUAAUAAAUUAUAAUCUAAGACAAGAGAUGGGAUGGAAUCUUCUCCUGAACCCACAAAUAUUAAAUUUCCCCAAAAUGCUGGUGGAUUUUCAUAAGGAUUCUUAAAAAAUAAUUGUAAACAGAUGUGGAAAUGUGGAGAACUUGAUACUGGAAAAAUUAAUAAUUUCAGACUGGAGAAAUAAAAGCUGUGAGAAACCAAAACUUAUUGAUUCCACCAUCCCUGCCCACAACCUUGCCAUGUGCCAGGCAGACUGACAUCUGAGGGCCAGGGUCUGAGGGGGUCUUCCUAGUGUGGCCUGUGGUGUGCAGUGAAUUCCCUUCUCUUUUCCCCUCUAGGAUGUGAGAAGGACCUUGCAGAGGUAAGUGGAUCCUGCUCAUUUCCAUUAGCAUCACUCCAUGAGGCCGGGAUGCAAGAACCUCAGACAUGGCCCUCCAGGGGCUGCAGGGGGGAGACUGUGGGACUCACUCCCUGAGGCACCUCACAGGUAAAAGCAGGGCCCCCUCUUCUGAACUUGUAGCCCCCCAAUUCUCCCUCCAAGGAUCAAGGUCAGCUGCCUCCUCCCUCCCUCCCCACAUCACUUCACACAGGGAUGGGGGCUCUUUUCUUUCUCUUCCACCUUCUGUUCAUUGACUUUGGUAAUUUCAAACAUGUAGAAGAGAAAGUGCCAAAGAUCCCUGGGAACAGCUUAGGACGUACCAAUAUAUUUCCACGUCCCACUGGAAGCCCCCCCAACUCUGGUAACACAGCCCCUUUGAGGCACUUAGGGAGGGAAAGUCUGUUUGUCUAGAAUGGGUUGGCUCUUUUUCUUGGGAGUGUUUCCAAUGUGAGAGGCUGAAGGUGGUCUUGAGUGGGGGGUGAAAGUCAGGUUGUUUGAUGCCUCUGGAGGGAGAGUCCCAUGGGGCAUGGGGUUGCACACUUCCUGUGUGAGAGAGGGGUGCAGGGAGGGUGGAGGUUGUUCUCCUUGACCGCUUGGCAGCUUUUGACAUCACUAACUAGCCAGUGUGGUGUAGUGGUUAAGAGCGGUGGACUCGUAAUCUGGUGAACCGGGUUCGCGUCUCCGCUCCUCCACAUGCAGCUGCUGGGUGACCUUGGGCCAGUCACUCAGCCCCACUCACCUCACAGAGUGUUUAUUGUGGGGGAGGAAGGGAAAGGAGAAUGUUAGCCGCUUUGAGACUCCUUAGGGUAGUAAUAAAGCAGGAUAUCAAAUCCAAACUCCUCUUCUUCUUCUUCUUCUUCUUCUUCUUCUUCUUCUUCUUCUUCUUCUUCUUCUAACAUCCUCUAGAGAGGCUCAGGGAGGGAGGGAUUGCAGGCACUCCAUUUCAGGGGUUUGGCCCUUACGUCCUGGGACCUUCUCAGAAAGUUGUUAUGGGGCAGCAGAGUUUGAAGCCAUGGGAGGCCUCCGGUGAUGUCGCACAGGGUUUCCCUUGUCCCUUGUGCUGUUUAGCAUCCUUACGAAGCCAUUGGCCAGGGCUUGGAGGUGGGUGUCAACAGAUCAUGUUGAAUUACCUGUUGGGGAAAAAAAUUCAACUUUGUUCAUGUUAUUGAGAUCUCCUGCAAUAAUUAGGGAGACGGGGCCACAAUGGGGCCAUUCAUUGUUUUUAUUUUCACCAGGUAUGAGAAAAGAGAGAGUCCAGAGAACCCACUGCCUUUCCCUCCAGAAGUGAGGAACAGGAUCUUGGAAUCCUGUGAUCUAAAUCACCUUGUGGAGGAUACAAUGAAACAAUGGAAAGGUAACGAAAAAUGGCUGCCAGAAUUUCACACAUGGAAUUCCAUUAUUUCUUCAGAACUGAACAUGCCAGGCUCUUACUGCAUGGAAUUUAAUAACCCCUGGAUACCUUCCUUCUUGGUGCUCCAGCCUUCAUUUCCUGUCCCCUAGAAUGGCCCGUGUAUAUUGUGACCCUGGAUCCUGUAAAGAAAGCCUGUAUCUGUUUUCAGUUAUAUGGAACCUCCUUUUCCUUUUGGUUAGCAGUCUACACAGUCUGGGGUUGUCCUGCUCUGAAUGGAGUCAAUUCAAGGAUGCCACAUUAUGAAGUGUUACUUUUGUAUGGAGAUUUAUUUCAGGUGGAAGAGUGUUGCCCUUACACUUUAUAUCUUUUUGCUUCCUCAGAUGCUGUGUUAUACAGAAAACAGAUUCCGGAAGGUAAAUUUCCAGGGGAGGAACAAUUUGACAGGAGGGAUGGGGACUGAUAUUUCAUGGGUGUUCCUGUCCAUUCCGCAGACUUUGGGACCCCCAUCAAUGGCGUCACUCUGGGUAACAGUCCUCUAGUGGUGUUUGGGUUCUUUGUCUGUCCCAUGAAUGAACUGGGAGGGAGGUUGAAGGCUUGGAUUGGGGGCAGAGCUUGUCCCUGCAAACAACCUGAACACCAGUCUGAGUUCCAUUCCUGCCUAUAGACUAGUAUCCUGGUUUCACCCUCAAUUUAUUUCCUAAAAUCUGUAUGCUGCUUGUUUGUAAGGAAAAUCCUCAGAGCCUUACAAUGUCUUACAAAACCCUUAAGAAAAAUCCUGCAGGGUCAGUCCAGUGUCCCUGUUUUCGAGGUCUCAUGUAUAGGGAACCUCCCUUGCAUUUUGUUUUCCCUCCACACAAUCUGGAGAGGUUCUUUUGCGGCUUCUCUAGAUUUGCUUGCAUUUCCCCCUCGUGAAGUGUGUUAAAGGGGCACCCGCAAGCACCCAGUCCCUCCUCCACCUCCUGGCCAGGCUGGUCUCCCAGCAGCAGAGCAAGGCCUGAGCUGCCUCCUCCUCAGUUUCAACCUCAUCAGCCAUCCCCAUCUCCUGAGACUUCCCACUGUUCUUAUGAGAUCAGCCCCAUUCCAUGAGAGACGACUUCCCAUUGCACGAGACCCUUGGAAUUACAUGGCAAAGCUCUGCAGCUUCUUCCUCUGCAAUCUGGUUUGUCAGCAUGCUUGGAAAUUCCGCUUUCAAGAGCUUUUCCCCACCAGUUCACUUGGCGCUGAUGUUAACUUUCCUCCAGCCAUUCAGUACAGAUUCCCAUUUCAUUCGUGGAUUCUGAAUGAUUGUAUUCCACCAUUUUCUAGUAUGGUUUAGCAUUUCUGAUUUCCCCAUGGAGUCAUGGAAUAGUAGAGUUUGAAAGGAUCCUAAGGGUCAUCUAGUCCAUGGGUAGGCAAACUAAGGCCUGGGGGCUGGAUCUGGCCCAAUCUUCUAAAUCUGGUCCGCAGACUGUCCGGGAAUCAGCGUGUUUUUACAUGAGUAGAAUGUGUCCUUUUAUUUAAAAUGCAUCUCUGGGUUAUUUGUGGGGCAUAGGAUUUUGUUCAUUCCCCCCCCCAAAAAAAAAUAUAGUUCGGCCCCCCACAAGGUCUGAGGACAGUGGACCGGCCCCCUGCUGAAAAGGUUUGCUGACCCCUGAUCUAGCCCAACCCCCUGCAAUGCAGGAAUAAUAGCUAAACACAUUAGUUGUUUUAAUUCCUUAGGCCUACAGUUGUUGUCUUUCAAUUACUUGUUUUAUGAUGUCAUCUUUUGCUUGAAAUAAGGAAACAACAGAUGCUAUGUUAUGGUGAUGUUUUGUAAAAAGAUUUUCUUUGAACUAUUGCACUGUAGACCAUUAAGCCUAUAUUUUUGCUUCCUCAGAUGUCCAGUCACUCAGAAGUCUCCAGAGAGGUAAAAUUCACAUGGAGACCCCAGUUCACGGGGGGACGGGACGACUAGUGUUUCAUGGGAGGUCAAGAGUCUCUUCUGUACAGUUCAGAACCAUCCACAGCUUGACUCUAGCCCUGCUGUUUGUGCCACAAAGGCAGAGAGGGUGGACUUGAAGGGGGGAGAGAAACUUCCCAGAAGGAUCAGGCGGAGGAGGGAAGAGUUUUACUCCUGGCUAGAGAGAGUUGGGUUGCUUUUCCAUCAUGUGACCUUUUUCAGGCCUGGUUGCCAUGUGUCCUCUUUUUCCUAGCCAUGUCUUCUAUUUUCAUGAUCAAAAUUUCUUAAAAUUUGUAUCGGGGCAGAUUUUUAAAAUUUGGCAGAAUGUCCCCAAGUUUUAUUUUGUUGUUUUUGGUUUACAAGAACCCAUGAAAAUUUUAAUAUUGCAUUAGAGCAGGCAUAGGCAACCUCAACCCUCCAGAUGUUUUGGCACUACAAUUCCCAUCAUUCCUGACCACUGGUCCUGUUAGCUAGGGAUCAUGGGAGUUGUAGUCCCAAAACAUCUGGAGGGCCGAGGUUGCCUAUGCCUGCAUUAGCGUCAGAUCUAAGGCACCCAGUUAGGCUAAUCUGCAGCAGAGAAUCACAACAAAGCUGCAUCUUAAGCUAGCGACAUACUGUAAAAAUCCCUUCUCUUGUGGCUGAACCAAAAGGACGCUGGCUCAGCUACAAGAUCUUGGAGGAGGAGUCCGGGAGGGCAAGAGUUAAGACCCCCCUGCCCUUAAGGAGAGUCCACAUGCAGAUGUUCAACAGGUUAAUAAAUUGUUCUGUGCACACCUACAUUCAGAAAGAUGUGAACAUGUGCCCAAAUAUUUCAUGUGGCAAAUGAGGGAGCUAUAUGUAUUCUUACUAUUCUUUUGUUGUUGAAAGUUAAGAGCAUUGCUACUAGCAAUAUAUCACACCUACUACAGCCUACAUAUAGUAGGGGUAUUUCAACUGAGAGUCGUCAUAGCGAACCAUGGUUAAAAGUCAAAGUUGGCCAAUGUGUCCUCUUUCUUGCUCUUCAAAAUAGGGCAGCACUUGCCUAGCAUGACUGUCUCAGCCCCAAACUGGUAACCUUUUGAGUUAUUCCCCGCUUCUCUCAGGGAACUAGUCUUAAGGUAUAUAUGAAAUCCCAAAGAGAAGCAUGGAAUAAGCAGUCCUUUGUAAAAUUGCCCUGCCACCUGCCUCCUCUUCCCUGGCAGCAAGGCCUGAACUUCCAAGAUGGUUGGGAGGAAGGCAAGGAGAGACCAAGUGGGUGAGAGAGAUGGAGAGCAGGAAUAAACAGGCUCCCCACUUAACACGAUUUUCACUUUUGUGCACGAGGGCCCAGAACAUAACCCAUGCAAAAGUGAGGGGAAGCCUCUAUGUGGUUUUGUGUUGUAUUUUUAUGCUGUGAACCACCCUCAGACCUAUAUAUGAUGGGCAGUAUGCAAAUGUUGAUAAUUAUUAUUAUUGUUAUUGUUAUUAUUAUUAUUAUUAUUACAUGGGGGUCCUCAUCCCCCAUCCCAACCCAGAGGUCCCCAAAGGCCAAUUCCCACAGAGAUUGUCAGAGGAAAGCAGCUUCUCUCCUCUCCUGCCUCCUCCAAUUCUCCUCUCUUUCCCCUUAGAUAACACAGAAGAGCUGAGUAAAAGGUUUCCUGGGUGGUUUUUCCCCUUAGAAAAUGCCUGGAAUUAUUCUGAUCAAAGUCUGCAAGGAGGCGUCUCAAUGUCCCAUGUGAUGCAGAAGAAAUCCCCUUGACCUGAAAGGGAAUCUGGGUUUUUGGGGUGUUUCUUGGAUUAGGAUGUCCAUCUCUCUCUCUCUGCUGACUCUGCCUGAUCUUCUCUCUCCCUCAUCUUCUUCCCAACAGCAAAUGUCACUCUGGAUCCAGACACAGCCCAUCCUGAACUCAUCCUGUCCAAGGAUGGGAAAAGCGUGAGAAAGGGAGACAAACCUCAAGCCCUGCCUGAUAAUCCUGAGAGAUUCAGUGACUGGCCUUUUGUGUUGGGACGUGAGGGAUUCACAGCAGGCAGACAUUUCUGGGAAGUCACUGUGGGAAGUGGGAGAUGGUGGGCUGUGGGGGUCGCCAGGAACUCUGUGAGGAGAAAGGGCAGCUUCUCCCUUAGCCCUGAGGGAGGGAUCUGGGCUGUGGGGAAGCCGGGAGGGGAGUACUUGGCCUACUCAUCCCCUGCUUACUCUCCUCUGUCCCUGAGUGAGGAGCCCAGGAGGAUCCGGGUGACGCUGGACUAUGAAGGGGGACGUGUGUCUUUUUCUGACUCCGACUCAGGAGCCGAACUCUACACGUUCUCAGGAGUCUCGUUCUCGGGAGAGACCCUCCUCCCCUUCUUUUAUCUGGGGAAAUAUAAAACCCCCCUCAGUAUCUCCUGA